CGCCAUCGGGGCGCGCGGCGGCGCGGCAUGGCGGAGUUCCGGGCGCUCGGGCUGGCGCCGUGGCUGGCGGAGCAGGCGCGGCAGGUGGGGCUGCUCCGGCCCACGCCCGUGCAGGCCGCCUGCAUCCCGGCCGUGCUGCAGGGCCGGGACUGCCUGGGCUGUGCGCAGACGGGCAGCGGGAAGACGGCGGCGUUCGUGCUGCCGGUGCUGCACGUGCUGGCCCAGGACCCCUACGGCAUCUUCUGCCUCGUGCUCACCCCCACCCGGGAGCUGGCGUACCAGAUCGCCGAGCAGUUCCGGGUGCUGGGCAAGCCCCUGGGCCUCAAGGACUGCGUGGUGGUGGGGGGCCUCGACAUGGUGGCCCAGGCGCUGGCCCUGUCCCGCCGGCCCCACGUGGUGGUGGCCACGCCCGGGCGCCUCGCCGACCACCUGCGCAGCUCCAGCACCUUCAGCCUCGGCAAGAUCAAAUUCCUGGUGCUGGACGAGGCUGACCGCCUGCUGGAGCAGGGCAGCGCGGAUUUCAGCGCGGACCUGGAGCUGAUCCUGGGCGCCGUGCCCGCGCGCCGCCAGACCCUGCUCUUCAGUGCCACCCUGACGGCCACCCUGAGCCAGCUGCGGGCCCUGGCUGCCAACAGCCCCUUCUUCUGGGAGGCCACGUCCCCGGUGAGGACAGUGGAGCAGCUGGAGCAGAGGUACCUGCUGGUGCCCGAGGCGCUCAAGGACGCCUACCUGGUGCACCUGGUGCAGAGCUUCCAGGACCAGCACGAGGACUGGGCCAUCAUCAUCUUCACCAAGACCUGCAAGGACUGCCAGGUGCUGAACAUGAUGCUGAGGAAGUUCAGCUUCCCGUCCGUGGCUCUGCAUUCCAUGAUGAAGCAGAAACAGAGAUUUGCAGCUCUGGCCAAGUUCAAGUCCAGCAUCUUCAAGAUCCUCAUUGCCACAGAUGUGGCUGCCAGAGGUUUGGACAUCCCUGCAGUCCAGCUUGUCAUCAACCACAACACCCCGGGGCUGCCCAAGAUCUACAUCCACCGCGUGGGACGGACGGCGCGCGCCGGGCGGCAGGGCUUGGCCAUCACGCUGGUGACACAGUAUGACAUCCACCUGGUGCACGCCAUCGAGGGGGAGAUCAAGCUGCAGCUGCAGGAGUUCUCAGUGGAGGAGCAGCUGGUGCUGGACAUCCUGACCCAGGUGAACGUCACCAGGAGGGAGUGUGAGAUCGAGCUGGAGGGGAUGGAUUUUGACGAGAAGAAGGAAAUCAACAAGAGGAAGCAGAUGAUCCUGGAAGGGAAGGACCCGGAGCUGGCGGCGCGCAGGAGGGCGGAGCUGGAGCGGAUCCGGGGCCGGAACCGCGAGUGCCGGGAGAGGCUGCGGGAGAGGCUGGGCAGGAAACGGCAGCGGAGCCGGGCCGGGAGGAGCGGGAGCAGGCGGGAGAGGGAGAGGGAGAGGGAGAGGGAGGAGGAGGGGGAGAAGGAGGAGGAGAAGGAGAAGGAGAAGGAGAAGGAGAAGGAGAAGGAGAAGGAGAAGGAGAAGGAGAAGGAGAAGGAGAAGGAGAAGGAGGAGCCGUGACCUGGCCGGGAUUGCCCUGGGAUUGCUGCUGCUUUGGGAAAGUUGGGAUUGAGCACUUGAAAGUGGGAAAACAUCGGUGCUGGGGAGAAGGGGAAACCCAGAACCCUUGGGAGGGCUUGGGAGCAGCUCAGGGCUGCUGGGACAGUUCCUGCUGGACAGUUCCUGCUGGGAUAAAUCCUGGGAUAAAUCCUGCUGGGACAGUUCCUGCUGGGGCAAUUCCUGCUGGGAUAAAUCCUGGGGCAAUUCCUGCUGGGAUAAAUCCUGCUGGGACAGUUCCUGCUGGGACAAAUCCUGGGACAGUUCCUGCUGGGACACUUCCUGUCCCUGCCCCUGCCCCUGUCCCUGCCACUCUCACUUGUUUGGAUCUUCCCCUGAGCCAGAGCCUAAAAAUACCCGGGGUGAGCUGAGCUCAGCCGUGCCAGAGCCUGGAGCCUCCCCGGGAGGAUCCUGGAAUGGUCCGGGACGUUGGGAAGGACUUUGGGAAUGGUCCUGGGCCUUUGGGAAUGAUCCUGCUUUGGGAACAGUCCUAUUUUUGGAAUAAUCCUGGGGACUUUGGGAAUAAUGCUGCUUUGGGAAUGAUCCUGGGAUUUUGGGAACAGUCCUGGGAUUUUGGGAACA